CACAGUCAAGAGAGGGAGCAACAAAGUCAUCGUGGUAAAUGUAAAUGUUAGAGGAGUAACACAGGAGUUUUUCAAGAGAAACUUUCACAGAGUACGAUGACCGUAACGAAUUAUGUGCUCCAUUUACCAGCUAAGGUUACACUGAGGGCUUGCUUACAGCAGAGUGAGGGAACGUUAACGCUGAUGGUUUAGUCAAGGCCAGAAUGCAAUGCCAGUCUGUCAAAUCAGACAACAGCAAGUGCGUGAAACGUUCAUCAGUGUCUUACAAUCAGCAUGUUGUCCUCCAUUUAUCACGGCAUAUGGAGAGCUGCUGUCCAUGCACUUAGGAGCAGCAGAACUCCAUCCUGCAGAUUUCUGUCCACCUCUGAAGGACCCCCAGCUGGACUGGCUGAUGCUGAGAGCAUCUUUGCGUUAUCGUCAGGCCAUGGCAGGUGUGGCGUGGCAGUGAUACGAGCCAGUGGUCCAGCCUCGGCUACAGCUCUGAGGUGUAUGACCGGCCUCACCCGCAGCCUGCCUCCUCCACGCACCGCCCUGUUACGUAACAUCACAGACCCCCAGUCCAAAGAAGUGCUGGACCGCGGGCUUGUCCUCUGGUUCCCAGCUCCUCACAGCUUCACAGGCGAGGACAGCGCGGAGUUUCACAUUCACGGCGGUCCGGCUGUCGUUACCGCUGUCUUACAAGCUCUAGGAAGCGUGCCUGGCAUGAGGCCUGCUGAAGCUGGAGAGUUCACGCGGAGAGCCUUUCAAGCGGGGAAACUGGGUUUAACAGAGGUGGAGGGUCUGGGAGAUCUGAUCCACGCAGAGACGGAGGCUCAGAGGAGACAGGCUCUCAGGCAGAUGUCAGGAGAGCUGGGCCGCCUUUAUCAGGAAUGGAGCCACAAACUGAAACGGUGUCUGGCUCAUGUGGAGGCCUUCAUAGACUUCAGUGAGGAUGAGCUCAUUGAGGACGGAGUCUUAAACCAAGUGGACAGAUCGGUGUGUGACCUGCGAGCGGAGAUCGAGCAACACCUAAAGGAUGAGAGGAGGGGCGAGCGGCUACGCAGCGGAGUCCAGGUGGUCAUCGCAGGGGCCACCAAUGCGGGGAAAAGUAGCCUCCUGAACACGCUCUGUCAGAGACCAGCAGCCAUUGUGUCCCCCAUUGCUGGCACCACCAGGGACGUAGUAGAGUCGGCACUGGACAUCGGUGGAUUCCCCGUCCUCUUGAGUGACACAGCUGGCCUCAGAGAGAGCCGGGACCUGGUGGAGAGAGAGGGGAUCCGCCGAGCUCGGGAGAGAGUGGAGCAGGCAGAUCUGACUGUGGUGGUUGUGGACUGUGCUCAGCUCCCAUCUGACGCACAGCAAGCUGCAGCCUUCCUUCAGGAACACCUCAGGAGUGUCCUUCCCGUCCAGGAGCAGCCUGAGACAGUAUUCCCUGCAGAGAGGUUUCUCCUGGUGCUGAAUAAAACUGACCUGUUGCCUCAGGAGCAGAGACAGAAGCUGAAAGGAGAGCUGAGUCCGGUCUCUGACCUCCCUCCUGUUUGCCUGAUCUCCUGCCACUCUAAUGAAGGACUGCAGGACUUCAUCACAGUGCUGCACAGCAGGAUCAAGACUCUGUGUGGCGACCCUCUGUCUGGUGCCCCCACCCUGACCCAGGCCCGCCACAGGGCCCACCUGCAGCAGUGUUUUGCAGCCCUGGCUCAGUACCAGCGGUACCGUGACAUCGACCUGGCUCUGGCAGCCGAGGGCGUCCGGUUGGCUCUCACCAGCCUGGGUCGGAUCACUGGACGGGUCGGAGCAGAGGAGAUCCUGGAUAUCAUCUUCAAAGACUUUUGCAUUGGAAAAUAGUCGGAUGAGUAUCAGCGAAAACAUGAAAUGCACAUAAUAUUAGCCUUCUCAGAGAGGAAGGCUGCAUUCUUGUUUGGUCCCAGAGUAUCAGUAAAUCCACAGCCUCGGCAUUGCGCCAGGCUUUAAAAGCCACAGCAAGAGCUAAAAAGAAUGAAAUUCAUGUUCUUGGCUGCAGGAUCACUUUUCUCCCAAGACAUAGAAAUGUUUGUUUUCUAUUGAUUCAUUUUUACAGACUGAAAUAGUUUUAGCGUGAUAACAGGUGCCUCAGAGGCCUCAUACGCUGGACAAGAGUCGUAAUUUAAAAAUAGUUUUUGAAGGCCUUUGAUAGGUGAAUAUUGGGCUCUUGGGUCAUCGCGUAACAGCCAGGAUCAUUUAAAAUAAAGCCAGCUGUGUUCUUCCGCAAGGUCAUGGAUUGUUUACUUGUACUGCAGGACAAUGAAACAUUUAUUUUAUGUGGGGGGUGAGGGGGAGUCAGCAGCAGGUAUCGUUUCAGCUGUACCUUUUUGUGCGUGAGUUUCCCCGUGACACCUGAAACUUUCUGUAAUAACCUGCUAAUUCUCAUGCAAGUUUGAUGAGGAGUGUUAUUACUUUCAGUUUAUUAUCCAUUGCAUUAUGCAUGCAGCUGUGUAUCUUCUAUGCAUGCUUGUAUGGAUUAGACGGAGACUGCAGAACAAAUCUUAUAAAUAAACAUAAAAAAACAGGCAUAAACAUAAAUAAAUGUUUUAGUGUUGGCUGCCUAUUUACCCAUCUAGAAUAUAGAGAAGCAUUAGCAUUCUGUUUCUUCCAAAUCCAGAAGGAAAUGUUCGACUCUUUAGCUGCUAAAUGAACUCCAACUAAUGGUCACUGACUUUAUCUGUCUACUGUUUGGUGCUGUGUGAGAGAAAUCAAAAGCACACACAGAAAGUAAAUCAGAAACGUGAAGCUGUGGGCCAUUCGGUGAUAAUUCUCCCCAAAAGUAACCCAUCUCAUACUGCUAAUAGACAUUUGAUCCAUUGAAAAUAUUGCUCAGUGCAGCUUUAAAUUACAUGGGAUGGUAGAUUUUCACAUGCCGUUACAUGUUUAAAGCUGCAUCAGCCUCGUACUGCAAUCAGAAUUGUCAUGGUGCAGUCAUGUGACUCCUAACCUGGAAUUCAAUUAAAUUUCAAUUCAGUUUAUUUAUAUAGCACCUUGUCUCUAGAUGCUUUACAGAGACCCAGAGCCUGAACCCCUGAGCAAGCAGACAUCGGCAAGGAAAAACUCCCAUAGAAUAUGACCUAUUCUUCCCAAGACUGAAUUGGUGAGGUCUAACUUAUUGCUGUCCUCACAUUGAGUACAAGUGUCUAGUGUAUGCGUUCUGUUUUAUUCUGUUAUAAACUACAUUUUUAGUCCCGCUUCCGACCAUGAAGCACAACAUAACAGACGGCCAGAACGUAGAGAAGGGCAGAGUGACCCAGCUCCCCCUCUCUGCUCUGUGGGAAAGGGACGUUUUUUGAGGCGAAGCUCUCUCUGCCUUUUGUUCCCCUGUCAAUCUGGCCUCGAUCAAAUAUUUAUGUUUCCUUGCUGAACUCCUCACCCUUCUUCCCCAGUUGGUUUCUCCUCUCCCAGUCUCUGACGACAUUCACCCUGCUGUACACCGGCGUAACUGCCUGUCUCUCUCUCUCUCUCUCUGUCGCUCUGUUUGUCUCUGUCCACUCUGUUUCUGCUACCUGACCUUUCCUCUUUCCGUGCUGCUCUGUCAGCCUUUUUGUUCCCUUUCAUGUUCUCCCUGAUUGAUUACAAGGCGGUUACAAGGGUGGAGGCUUGCUGUCAUACAAAUUAGAGGCAGUAAAUUAUGUUCCCCGGUUUGUCUUUGAAGUAGAGCCUGCGUAUGAUAUCCUUCACCUGUUUGCUUUCUCACUUUAAGAGAAAUAAACAUGUUUUGGUGAUCGGUCCAUUGCUUUGGUUCAGAUCUCAAUGUAUUACCAUUAAUAUAUUUUGUGCAGACAUUCAUGGUUUCCAGAUGAUAUAUUCUAAAGUGAUCCCCUGACUCUAGUGCCAGCGUGACAGUCACAUUUGUCGUUUAAUAUGAAAUAUCUGAAGAAAUAUGGGAAAGAUUGCCAUGAAGUGUUGAUACAGAUAUUCAUGCAUUCCUUUCUAUUAGUGUUGGUCAUCCCUUAACUUUUAUUCAAGCACCAUCAUCAGGUCACUAUUACAAUUUACCAAUACUACAAGACUAAAGUUGAAUGGGGUGAUUAGUCAGUAAUAAAUACAAGGUUGUGCAGAUUAUUAUCAACCUCAUAUUGAAUUUAAGAAGAAGUUUAAUGGGAGUUUAUCAGCUGAAACAUAAAAAUGUUACUGUAGUUUAUAUGUGACUGCUCUAUAAAGCAGUUGUUCAAAGGGCUUUCAGAUGACAUUACAAGACAGAAGAAGAAACACAAAGCCAUAUGAAAGACACUUACAGAGUAAAAGAAUAAGAACAUAUCAAGACCUCAAGAGUUUGUAGACAGUCUUGGUGUGGAUUCAUGUGCCAGAUGUUAUGUUUUUUUACUGGAUAGGUGAACAAUUUGACCUGCUGGAGAGACAACAAGCAGUCACCAGCACGUUAACGCGAUAAUAAUGCGUAGACUUGCCCAGCCCUAAUGCGUUAACGCGUUAACUUUGUCCCAGCCCUACUAAAAACACAAAAUUCUACCUUGUGGUGCUAGAGGAAAAGUUGGAGGAUCACCAGAGUUGGCAGGUUUUGUCCUCUGGAGGGGAUGAGCGUCUGUACAAGAUUCCAUAGCAGUAAAUUUAGUAAUUGUUGAGAUAUUUCAGUAUGAACCAAAGUGGUUGACGCACAGACAGAGACUGCCGUCCAUGACGUCAUUUGGUGUCGUGGUUUGGUCCGCAGCUGAUUAAUAAGUGGUACUUUUAGCUUUGUGUGUCAUUUUCCGGUGCUUCUAAUUAAUGACUGUCCUGAGACGUGACGCUGACAUAGUCGGGUCCAGUACACCCAGUACCACCCAGUAUCCAAACUCAGGGAAUGUGUGUGAGUGUGUGAGAGGGCGUGUUAUGGUCUAUGAAUGGGAUCGAAAACACUUCAUGUUAAACAAAGGAUUUCCUGAGGACAGGAGGCAGAGUCACUCACCUGUAACACUCACAUCCAUCAGUGCACCGAGCCUGGGAAUUUAUCCUCAUGGGUUUUCUUAUACAACAUUGAAGGAAUCUCAAAUAUUUGUUCUAUCUUGAAUGACUGUGUGCUUUUUUUCCAGACCCGAGGUGUUCUUAGGUCUUGGAAGCUGCAAUGUAAGUUUGAAAAUACAGCAUCAUUUGAAUAUAAAAUCUCAUUUCAAAUGUCGAAA